UUUGAAUGCAGCGAUGUUGGUCAAGGACGGCGAAUCUCGUUUGAGGUGGCUGCAACUUAUGGUCUUUGUAACUAUGUUUGUCGGGUACGCCUGCUACGGCUACAACCGCAAAGGUGUGAGUUUAGCGUUGCCGAAACUUAUGGAAGAGGGCUUGAAGAAGGAGCAUGCAGGUUUAAUUGUGUCCUGUCAGAACCUGGCGUAUGCUGUAAGCAAAUUCGCAGGAGGCAUUUUAUCGGAUCAGCUAUCAGCCCGACGUUUGUUCUCCUGUGGCCUUAUCUUGUCCGGUAUUGCGACAUUGCUGUUUGGCUCAGCCAAUUCCAUCGGCCUGUUCUGCACCUACUGGUUCCUUAAUGGGUUCGCCCAGGGUGCAGGAUGGCCCAGCUGCGCGAAAAUUAUUCGACAGUGGUACCAUCCGUCCCAGUUCGGUACUUGGUGGAGUAUUCUGUCAGCCUCCACAAACGUUUCCGGUGGAAUCGCUCCAUUCGUAGUCACAUGGGUGAUACUUCACCACGGCUGGAGAGCAUCGCUCUUCGUAGCUGGGGGUGUCUCUGUUGCAAUGGGGUUGAUUAGCCUCUUCACUCUAUUCAACUCACCGCUAGAUCUCGGACUGCCCAGUCCACUUACGUCUGGGGACUCAUCAUCAACGAACAAAAAAACAGACGAAGAGGCCAAACCUACAAAAGCAGCCAAGGAGGGAGGCCUGGCUGACCUUCUGAGAAGUUUCUUCCUCUGGCUAAUAGCAGGUGGCUACCUAAUUGUGUUUGCCGCUAAAACCGCUGCCGUUGACUGGGGGCAAGUUUACCUUAUGGAUGAACACAAACAUUCGGCCUAUGACGGCAGUACGCUGACAUCAAGUAUCGAGUCCGGAGGUUUCUUUGGCGGUAUUCUCGCUGGUAUGGUAACGGAUGUGCUCGUCGCGAGACACAACCGGCGCUUGUAUAAGAAUAAUGCUCGAAUUCCUAUAGCUGUGUUUUGUUCUCUAAUUGCCGCUGGCUGUUUCCAUCUACUUGUCUUCAACGUCGACCAUAGCACAUCAAAGAUCUACAUCGCUGGCUUGGGAGCGGUUCUGGGCGCAAGUCUCUACGGAAACAUCACGCUUUUCGGUAUCAUAGCAUCGGAAUCAGCACCUUUUCAUCUGUCCGGUUCCUCGCAUGCGCUAGCGGCACUCGCUGGCAACAUUGGUGCUAUCGUAUCGGGUCUUCCUCUCAGUAUGCUGGCAAGCGCCAUGGGCUGGCGGUCUGUCUUCCUUCUGCUGGAAGUAUUCUGUGCGACUGCUGCAGUCGUCCUAUCCGUGCUCCUGCGCGUGGACGCACGUAUUGCGAGGCAUUUGCAUCAAGACUAAGUAUUAGAACAAUCCACUUCUAUUAAUCCUCUACAUGCCGGGGCCUCAAAUGAUAGAAUUCACUAAAUUUGACGAAAAAUAUAGUGUUUCAGAGGCACGUAGCGCUGUCAUGUUACGACGCCCAUAACUGGAAUACACCCAGAUGCUCGAAUUCAAAACAACAAACGUCGAAAAAUACCAGUAAUAUUAGCGUGGUACGACCCGGAAAAGAUAUUGUUGGGUUUCUCGUCCAACACGACGAGACCACACUAGACUGCGAAAUAAUUUUCCGUAUAUACUACCUGGACUAAUUUUCUUCUAUUUCUACGCAACGAUGACAUGUCGAAUGUCUAAGAAGGCAAUCUACAUAGCACCGUGCAUCUACAUUUUUUAUCCAUUUACGUUAAUUCAAAAAGCUUAUUCCAAUCAGCAUCAACGGAAUUCUUGAUAAGACGACCGUUUGAAGCUCCGUCUACGAUAAGUGACGUCUAAAGGCGAAUUUAUCAUUUAUAUUGUGUGCACAUUUGUGGCCGUUUCUUCCGACCACAAUAAACCGGUGCAAAGUAGAAAUGCUUUUGAUCAACCAAACUGGAACUAACACGUUAGGAAUGACCCUAAUGUGGUACUUUAGAACAGAAAUUAAAGCACUAAUGCGUUCUAUUAUUUAUUUCCUGUUAGAAAUUCUACUAAGUUUAAAAGAUAGUAGAAAUGAUUAAGCAAAUUCACAUAGAACGUAUCAUAUAUGAAAAAACAACCGAUUUAAUAACAAACAUCAACGCACUGGAAUCUAAUUAGGAUUACAGAAUGACAAAUUAAGUCUGACCGGGACGUCGAUGCAGAACUGUCAGUUUAAUCUAAGUUAUAUAGCCAGUUUUUUCUACGGUACACACCACAAACGUAAUUUUAUCACUGACACAAACAGGCGUGUUUUAACCGUGAAGACUUGCGCACGUAGGUCUUACAAAUUCGAUAUAUUUUCAUGUGCGCCUCUAGCAUACUACGUAAACUUCAGUGAUGUUUCCUAACGAAUGUCUGAGGGUACGGUCCAAGAUGGGCUAAUUGACUCGCGAAUCGUAAUCCCGAUAUUUCUCCUCAGGUAACGGCUUCAAGAAAAGCAAGGUACUUUUAAAUUAACACGACAUGGCAGACUCACUUCUACAUGCCACACGACGUUGCUGAUUAUGAUUCUAAAUUGUUCGUGGUAUUGUAGCGCUCUUUGUGUAAGUCUCUUAACGAUUUUGGUCAGCUUUAUCUAUCCGUGUAGACGAAUAACGAACAACCAAUAAAAGAAAAUGUCAUGUUAAGAGAAAACAAAGUGAAAUAGAAUAUGAUUUGUUCGAUUUUUGAAAAAAAAAUGUUUAAAGUAUAUUUAAAAUAAUGAGAAAAUAGUUCUUUGAAGUAAAUCCUAAUGUAGUGCGUUUGUCAAAGGAGGAAAAUAAAAUUUACAAAGAAACCUAUUUGUAUAUGCUUUGAAAAGUACUUGCUAUUUUUUUCGCUCUAAUGUAAACUAAAUUUUCUAAAUUCUGCCCAGACUGAAUUUACUCUAUCUCAUGAUAAACGAGAGGCAGAAAUCUAUCAUGGGGAUAGCUUUCAGCCUGAGUUGUUUCUCCUGUGAACGAUAGCGAUUACUACAAAAUGUAAUUUUUUUCCACUCUAAAACGCAAGAAGCAAAUUAAUUGUCACGAUUUCCUAAGGGCUUUCGAUCGUAUUGUAUUUUAUCUGAGGAUCGUAAAAUUUUAUCGUGGAACUCCAGGCCACAUUAAAGAGUAGAUAACUACUCAAAAAUGUCUCUACCUUCAAAUAAUUAACUGAAUAAGAGCUUCAAAUGCUUUUACUUCCGUCAAGACCAAGUUUGUACUCUAGUUUGGCAGCAUGGUAAACGACGACGUACGUUAUCAUCGCGCGAACUCAGGGGGCGGUAUACGCGAAGUGAAAAGAAAAAAAUAGCCGACCUUUAUAUGACGAUCGUUAAAUCUGCGCUAACAAAUUCAACGUUUUCCUCGAUUACAGGUUGUUACAGAUUGAGUUGUAAGCACACUCGAAUAAUAUUAUAUACAGAAAAAUACACGCUUCGGUCUUGACGUCUUGAAUCGCCGUCUGACUAUAAUACAUACGCCGUUCGCUUGCAAGC